AUGAAUAUCGAGUUCUAUCAGAUAAGGAAUGACCAUCCUGUGAGCUUCCGUAAAAAUAAAGACAGCUACUGUUUCAACUACAUACGAUUUUACUUGAGAGUUAAAACAUGUAAAGAAGAUGCACCCUUUUCAUCAGAUAAAGACGAGGCUUCCUUCUUUAAACCAAUUAUUGAAGUUGACUAUGGAUUUCUAAGUGACAAAUUCACUGAUCAUCUUCCUCUCACCACCACAAAAUAUUACGAUUAUACCCUUCCGCAUCGCCUUUCCACCUCAUCAUCAUCAAGCAUCACCACAAGUGAAGAAGACUUAAAGUCAGAACAACCACAAAGAUUGUUAAUUCAGAAAGAAAACAAAUAUUCUUACCUUUUACAACACCCUCCUCUAAAAAAAACCCCAAUUGGACCUCAAUAUCAAGCUGAAAUUCCCGAAUGUUAUGAACUCAAUCCACAACACAAUGACAAUGAGAUUAAAUUCAUCGGUUCUUGUGUCAUCCAAAUGCCUAAUUCAUCAUCUUCACAUUACGAACUGUUGGAAGAGGAAGAACCGAUUGUUUCUGUAAAAACACCGGGUCCUUAA